AUGGACGGCCGCUGCCGGAUCGAUCAGGUGGCGGUGGCGACGAAGACGCCCAACCUCACCUCCCCGGUGGCUUCCCGACUGCUCUCUCUCCAUCAGCCUGGUGUGUCUUCUUCCUGCGAGAAGAUCCACAGGGUGGGGAGCGGGGCUAGCGUGGUUCUGGACCCAGAGCACGGCCCGGAGGUGGAGUCUCGGAAGCUACCUUCAUCGCAGUACAAGGGGGUGGUGCCCCAGCCAAACGGCCGAUGGGGUGCCCAGAUCUACGAGAAGCACCAACGCGUCUGGCUCGGUACCUUCAACGAUGAGGCGGAGGCUGCCCGAGCCUACGACGUCGCUGCCCAGCGCUUCCGAGGCCGCGAUGCCGUCACCAACUUCAGGCCUCUUUCCGAGUCCGAUAGCCACGGCGCCGCCGAGCUCCUCUUCAUUAACUCUCACUCGAAGGCCGAGAUCGUCGACAUGCUCCGCAAGCACACCUACUGCGACGAGCUGCAACAGGGCAAGCGCGCUCUCGGCCCCACCUAUGGCACCUCGCCUGUUGCCGUUCACCGCCACGCUAUCUCAGGCGUCGGAUCUGCUGCUAGAGAGCAUCUCUUUGACAAGGCGGUGACCCCCAGUGACGUGGGCAAACUCAACCGGCUCGUGAUACCGAAGCAACACGCUGAGAAGUACUUCCCGCUUCAGAUUGACGGCGCCGCCAGCAAGGGCAUUCUGCUCAACUUGGAGGAUUCCGGGGGGAAGACGUGGCGCUUUCGGUAUUCCUACUGGAACAGCAGCCAGAGCUACGUGCUCACGAAAGGGUGGAGCCGCUUCGUCAAGGAGAAGAGCCUCAGGGCCGGUGAUGUAGUCAGCUUCCAGCGGUCGACUGGCCUCGACAGGCAGCUCUACAUCGGCUGGAAGCCACGUUCUUCAUCGACUUUCAUUCCCGCCGUCCAAGCCUUGCAUCUAGCGAGGCCCAUCCCGGUGAUGAGGCUCUUUGGCGUGAACAUCGCAAAGGUACCCGGUAAGACUGCAUCCACCCCCACCCACGAUGAAGGGGGGGAGGAACGGAGAGAGAUGGAGAUGCCGCAGCCGCAGCUCUGGAAGAAGAGAUGCGUCGGAGUCUUGUAA